AUGUCCCACCUCCGACCUCCGCCAUCACCGCCACCAGAACCGCCAUCCGUGUACUGUACGCCUUCGCCACAAUCGAAAGCCACCACCCCGUCGCCCAUGUCACGUAUUUUCAUGUCACGACAGCAAUCAUCCGUGAAAUCAUCACCUCUAACCAAACUCGUAGCAACGCCAACCAUGGGCAUGGAGUUCCCUUACGAACACAUCACAUCAAAAGCACACGAUAGGCUGUUGCUAAGAAGACACCGCCACACGAAUCCGGCUAUCUGGUGCAGCGCGAUUAUAUGUUUGAUCUUCAGCCUCCUCGUCAUCUUCUUCGGAAUCGCCACUUUGAUCGUGUUCCUCGUCGUCAAGCCAAGAACGCCUGUUCUCGACACCAACCGUGCAAACCUCAGCGUCAUCUACUUCGACGCACCUGGCAAUUUCAAUGGAGAUUUCACUUUUAUGGCAAACUUCUCAAACCCCAACAGGAAACUGGAGGUGAAGUUCGAGCAGUCUGUUAUGGAAUUGUUAUUCGAAGGCAGUGUGAUAGCGACUCAAUCAAUCCGGCCAUUCAGUCAAAGGCCAAAGGAGACAGGCGUGGUGGCAAUUAACUUCGUAUCCAGCUUGGUUUCUCUGCCACCAAAUUAUGCAAUGGAACUUCGAAAACAGGUAUUGAACAACAAAGUUUUGUACAGUGUGCGAGGGACUUUCAAAGUACGCGCAAGUUUGGGAGCGAUUCACUUCUCUUAUUGGUUGCACGGGCUUUGCGACCUGCAAAUCACCAGUCCGCCGUCAGGUUCUCUCAUGGCUCGAACCUGCAAGACCAAGAGAUGA